AUUUCUGGCCAAAGCAGCGCCUCAGCUCUGGAAGUUCCGGCGCCAUUUCUCCACAGAACUAGGCGAGAGACACAGAGCUCAGCUUUAUGAAGGAUCUAUGGCGCCCAUAGCUCGCCGGCUUCUCCCGCUCCCAUGGCAACCGCGCCCGGCUUGUGUUGUCGUCGUAGUCGGCUCUGGCACCUUCUCCGUGAAAUCUGCGCCCGGCACCUGCCCCUGAGGCUUGAGCUCCGCAGAGCCCGGAGGGGCGUCGUGGGGCGCCAUGUCUUCCACAGCCAGGCCCGAGGCUUCUCCGAGCCUCCAAGUCCCUUCCUUCGCCGAGAUGGGGAGGUCGCCUUCCUCGUCCUCCAGGCAACUGCGCCCUUCGGAAAGCCAGUUCAGCGGCAGCCUCGGGCAGCAGGAUAACAACUUGAAAUCCAUGGAUCUUAAUCAUGUUGUCAAACUGCUUGAAGAAACAGAAUUAAGUAAUUUGGAAGAUCAGCUUGAAGCACUGAAGAAGGUUGCAAAACGCUAUGAAUAUGGGCUUAUUCUUAAUGAUUUAACACAAAUAUCUAAAAUUUUAAAUCUAUGUGCUGAAAGAAUUCCACUCCACAAUGUUUUCCUAGAACCAACAUGUGAAAUUCUUAAAUUAUAUGGGUUACCAUUUUACAAAAAGAAGUUAUCUGAUGAAGUAAACUACACCAAAGAAGUUCAAGAAUCAAUUGCAAAUUUGGGUUACUUAAUGAGAGUGCCAUGUUCUCAAGUAAGGAUACAGAUAUGUAAGUGUGUAAUUAGCUUUUACCACACUGAACCACCAAAGAAAGAGUAUGAAGUUUAUCAACCUGUAAGUGCAAACUAUAAAAGGCAGAUGGUGGAAGCAGGAGGUUUAGCAGAAACUUUAGUCCUGGCGCUGACAUUAGUUGAAAAUCAACUUCAAGAGAAAUUAUGGAUAAUCAAAACACUGCAACAUCUUUCUAUUUCUGAGACAAAUUGUAAACUUAUGAUGAAAGCUGAAGCCCCAAGAAGAUUAUGUUCUCAUCUUAAUGAUGCUGACCCUUCUGGACAGCUGCUAUUCCGUUCCUCAGAAAUCCUCUGGAAUUUAUUAGAAAAAACCUCUAAGGAAGAAAUUAUUGAGCAGCUCAGUAAUUUGGAAUGUGUAAAUGCUCUGAAGGAAGCAUUUACGAACUUGCUUAUACAUGGUUCCCGCCAUUAUGAUCGCCAGCUAAGAAAUGACAUUUUGGUGAUCGCCACCCUUGUGGCUCAGAACCCAGGAGCACCAAUGAUUGAAACAGGGUUUGCCAAGCUGUUAAUAUUAUUUGCCACUUUUGUUGAAGUAAAAAGUCAUAAUCCUUUGGUAAGGAACCUCAGGCUGACUUACUGUUAUGAAGAUUUUGAGUUGAAAAAGUUACUGCUUAACAUGCUUACUGUACUAGCAAAAGAUUUAUGUAUUGUACAGCUGCUACAAGAGGGUAAAGUUAUAUUGGCCUUGUUUCAUUAUUUAAAACCAAAUGAAAAGCCAGGAAUGGUUGACAUGUCUGCUGCCCAGUAUGAAGAGUUACAGCUUCUUGCAAUUGCAACCUUAGCUACAAUGGCUCCCUUGUUGGUAGAUGACUACAUGAUGUGCCAAGGAAAUACUCGCCUUCUCAUGUUUCUCGAAUGGUGCAUGGGCAAUGAUCCUUUCUUUGCUCAAGGUAACAGCUUCCAUGGUACUGGCGGUCGUGGCACCAAGCUUGCACAGAUGCGCUACACCUUGAAAGUACUGAAUCCUGUUGUGUCCCUUUGUGAUGAUGCUGUGAAUGUUGAUCUUUGUGAUCAGGGAGCAAUUAAUCAACUGUUAGGUAUCUUAAAGAAUACCACAAAGAAUUAUCCAGAAAGUGCCAUUGUGGUAGAAAUUCAGACUGAUAUUUUACUUCUCUUGUCAACUCUUUGUGAAAAUAACCUUCAUAGAAAGGAACUCUUUGGAUGGGAAGGAGUUGAUACACUUAUUCCUUUUAUGAAGAUGGAUUCAAAGAAAUUCUAUAGUGGAUUGGGUCAUAAUCGUCUGCUUUUUACUGCUCUGGACUGCUUAUGGUGCUGUGUCAUGGGCUGUACUAUUUUAGAGGACUAUUUUAUUGAAAGAGAAGGCCUCUUCACUCUCCUGGAUUUGCUUGUUUUAAAUCAAAAGAAUGUUUGCAAUCUAAUACUUGGGAUAUUAGUUGAAUUUUGUGACAACCCUAAAACUGCUUCUCAUAUCAAUACCUGGCGAGGGAAAAAAGAUCAAACAGCAGCCAAUUUAUUAAUAAAGUUAUGGAGAGAAGAAGAGAUUCAGAUGGGAGUGAAACAUGACGAAGUUGGGAGAAUUGUUGAUACAAAGAAGCCAUUGGCUGGCAAGUUCCAAAGAAAGCAAGAAGUUACUCCAAUGCCUGCCAGUUGUCCCACUAUUGCUGUUAUGGAUGUUGCUGAAAACAUGCGAGCAAAGAUUUAUUGUGUAAUAUGUAAAUUAGGCUUUGAAAAUUUGCCUGGCCUCUCUGCCAAGGAUUUUGUUACACUUGCUAUCAUACGUAGAUAUCUUGACUUCAAGGUAGGUGAAAUCUGGAGUGAGAUAUAUGCAGAACUUAAAAAAGAAAACAUCAAACCCGUAACUCCUGACCAUGAAGCACUGCAGGUUAUUAUGGAAGCAUUUGAAAACGUUGGAAAGAUGGUUAUCUCUCUUCAGACUGAAAUGCUGGAAAGCCAACAAUACCAGGAACUUCGAGAAGAAGAAAAAAGUUAUGCCAAGAUUCAAUCCCUCCAUAAGCAAAAGGAAAUGGUCAGUAAGUCCUGGGAAAGUUUCUUGGCCCGGACAUCAAAUUAUGAGACUUUAAAGAAAGCGAAAAGGAUUCAGGAAAAAUCCAUAGAAAAUUCUAGAACAAAGGUAAAACCUUACAACGCAACAUUCCAUCCAACGGACAUUAAAGGCCUAAAUACAACUGUUGCAUCUGGUCGCUUAGUAACUGUUGAAAGUACACCUGCUGAAUUGACUGGAGGGCCACUAGCUGAUACAGAUCUUGCAGUCAAAAAGCUCUCCAUUCGUGGUGGAGCCUUAAAGAGGAUCAAAACAGUUAAAGUUGUGGAUCCAUUCAAGAAAGAUUCAGUAUCUGUAAAAUAAACCUUGUCUAGAGCUGUUCUAGGCAGCUCCCUGUUUUUUGUUGUUGUUAAUUUAUAUACAAAUUUUAAUCACAUAUUUGUAUCACACUGGUUAAGUGCACAGUUAUUUUUAGAUAUAUAUUGCUUUAGAAAUAAUGUGGAGAUCAUGAUGCUAACAAAUAAAUUCAGUAUGUUACAAAUAUA